AUGAAUAUAUUGUUUUGUUUAUUUGUCAUUACAAAUUUGUAUAAUAUCAUUGCUGUUAAAGCCUUGAAAGAAAAUUUAAGAGUGUCCAAAUAUUAUGCUGGAGAAAAACAUAAAUUAAAUUUGGAAAAUAAGUAUAUAGGUAUUUCUACAAUAGUAUUAAAAGGAGGUUACAUCAAUAGACAAUUUAUUGGGGAAAUAAAUAUUGGAAAUCCUCCACAAACUUUUAAAGUUCUUUUUGAUACUGGAAGUACUAAUUUAUGGAUUCCUUCAAAAAAUUGUUUCACAAAAGCUUGUUAUAAUAAACGAAAAUAUGAUCAUAAAAUUUCCAAGAAUUAUAAAUUGGUAAAAAAAAAAGAUCCUGUGGAAAUUUUAUUUGGAACGGGGGAAAUACAUAUUGCUUAUGUAACAGAUGAUAUUCAUUUAGGGGAUAUUAAAGUUAAAAAUCAAGAAUUUGGUUUAGCUAGUUAUAUAUCAGAUGACCCCUUUUCUGAUAUGCAAUUUGAUGGCUUAUUUGGAUUAGGAAUUUCAAAUGACGAGAAGAAAAAACAAUUAAUUUAUGACAGUAUUCCUAAAAAUAUAUUAGAAAAAAAUAUGUUUGCAAUUUAUUAUCCCAAAAAUGUAGAUGACGAUGGUGCCAUCACUUUUGGAGGUUACGAUAAAAAAUUUAUAAGAGAAAAUUCAAGUAUCGAAUGGUUUGAUGUAACAUCUCCAAAAUAUUGGGCUAUUCAAAUGAAAGGUUUAAAAAUAAAUGGUGUCUUUCUUGAUGUAUGCUCAAAAAAUCAUGAAGGAUUUUGUCAAGCUGUAAUUGAUACAGGAACAUCAAGCAUAGCUGGGCCAAAAGAAGAUCUAAUAUUAUUAAGCAGAUUGUUAAAUCCCGGAAAAAAUUGUCAAAAAAGGAUUCUAUUAAAAAAUUUUUCUUUCAUUUUUAUUGACGAUAAACAUAGAGAAAGAGAAUAUGAAUUAACACCCAAAGAUUAUAUUGUAAAUUCAUUUAGAAUAGACCCUGUUUUAAGAACUCCAUGCAAUUUUGCAUUCAUGCCAAUUAAUAUUUCGUCAUCUAAUGGAUAUCUAUAUAUACUUGGUCAAAUAUUCUUACAGAAAUAUUAUGCAAUAUUUGAAAAGGAUAAUAUGAAAAUAGGUUUAGCGAAGUCCAUAUAA